GUUGGCGCUCCUGGCAAUGGAACGGCUACUUUGAAGGAAAAAAAAAAAAGUUAUAGCCAGUCCUUCAUUGGAGAACAGACCGACAGACUCUUUCCUUUCCUCAAACAACCGUACGUCGUCGACUUGCUCUGAAUUUCAUACCCGCGAGUGACAUAGGACUCAAAGUCUCACAGGAGGGUGGAGUGUUUUAUUUGUGCAAAACCUGUCACGACGCGCGCUUUGGAGAGAUAUGGCCUUUCAGUUGAGCGCGUCUGAUUUGGAAGAAACGUCUUUCACAAUGAGCGACACCUGUGCGCGCCCGACUACUGCUGCUAAGUUCAGCGAGGCGGUGUCACUGUCUCUGGGUUUGGAUUCAGCGUCUCCUCCACCGCUACACAACAACACCACCAUGCACCACCAGCAGAACCAGAGCUCCAGCUCCAGCGGCGCGUUCGCACACUUCGACCCGGCUGUGGCGAACAGUUCCCAGGCAGCUGCGGAGUUAGAAGCGCCUCCAAAUGUGAUCUCAGAGGACGACUUUGGAGAAGUGUGCCACGGCAUCCAGCAGGUGAGCUGCAUGGAUCUGCUCAGAUCGGACGAAAUGGACAGCAGCGCGCAAAGCAUGACGCACGGUGGUGGCCAAGAGCUCUCCAGAUAUAUGGGCAAGGAGUCCAACAUGUUUAUUAUGAGCCCGGUGGCGGAGCUGCAGGCGCCUGAGCUGUCACCUUUGAAACCAUACUCUUUAGACUACAAUCCCAACCUAUACACCAGAGAUAUGAUGCCGGGUGUGUGGCGCGCGUACAGCAACAGCAGCCGAUCCGAGCCGGAGAUGGAGAGAGGCGGAACCACCGGUGGACAUAAUGUGUCGUGUAAAUACUGUAAUUGUGGAAAAGCUUCUCUCGGAUCCAGGCAGAAUGAAUGCCACUGUGUGUGGUACAGCAACGGGGAUCAGCAGGGUGGCAAAGGUGGCAUGAGACCAGCGAUGAUGGCACAAGGGUAUGGCCAAAUGGAAAGUUACCAAAGUGCAAUUCCUCAAGGGCAGAGCACUUUGUCCAAUAUCAAGACUGAGUCUUCAAUCUGGGUGGAUUGUGCUGAUCGCACUUUCAGGCAUGAGGAGUUGUUUCCAGGUGUGUACCUGUCAGACAGGAGAGUGUGUCAGGUGUGCGCAGACGACGCUUCAGGUUGCCACUACGGAGCCGUCACCUGUGGCAGCUGCAAAGUCUUCUUUAAGAGGGCCGCUGCAGGUAAGCAGAACCACCUGUGUGCCAGCCGGAACGACUGCACCAUCGACAAGCUGAGGAGGAAGAACUGCGCCUCUUGCCGCUUAAAGAGAUGCUUCAUGUCGGGAAUGAGCCUCAAAGGUCGCAGGCUGAAGGGAGCCGGACAGACAAGGAACGGCGAGGAGGAGCUAGGGCCUGGAGAAAGAGGAGAAAGGGCCGCGUCGCAGGCCCUGGCUCUGGGCAUCCCCCCGACCCUGCGCUCCUGCCUCUCCUUGCUCAGCAUCCUGCAGGCCAUCGAGCCGGCUGUGGUCAAUGCCGGGCACGACCACGCGCAGCCAGACACCCCCACGUCCUUGCUCACCAGCCUCAACGAGCUGGGGGAAAGACAGCUGGUAACCGUGGUGCGCUGGGCCAAGGUCAUCCCAGGUUUCCGUGACAUGCACGUGGAUGACCAGAUGUCAGUGAUUCAACUGUCAUGGAUGGGGGUGAUGGUGUUCGCUUUGGGCUGGAGGUCCUACACACUCACUAACAGCUCCAUGCUCUACUUUGCACCAGACCUGGUCUUCAACGAACAACGGAUGCAGGUGUCCAGUAUGUAUGAACACUGUGUGAGGAUGAAGGUGCUCUCCCAGAGGUUCUGCACGCUGAAGGUCACUCAGGAGGAGUUCCUCUGCAUGAAGGCCCUGGUCCUCUUCAGCAUCAUGCCAGUGGAGGGACUGAAGAACCAGCGUUGUUUUGAUGAACUGCGGACCUCCUACAUCAAGGAGCUGGACCGCUUGGCCAGCCACUGCGGAGAGACCACCCGUACACAGAGGCUGUUUCACCUCACGCAGCUGCUGGACUACCUCCAGUCGAUUGUGAGGAAGUUACACCAGUUCACCUAUGAUCUGUUCAUCCAAGCUCAGUCCCUCCAGACGAGUGUCAACUUCCCGGAGAUGAUCUCAGAGAUUGUGAGCGUCCAUGUGCCCAAGAUCCUCUCGGGCAUGGUCAAGCCCAUCCUUUUCCACAACACAGACUAGAAAGAAGUCUCGGGUGAUUGUCCUAUACAUGUAUGUCACUUUAAAUCUGGCACCCAGUCCUGCGACCAUUUCUGGGAAAGCUGAAAACAGCUAGAGAAGCUUUAUGAUUUCAUGAGGUGAAAGAAGUAUAAGCUCCUUUUUUUUUACCUACAGGGUGACAGUGGAGCACAUUGAACCUAAGAAGGCACAUUCUUCCAAUCUAAUUGCAUUUACUCUUUUCUUCUUACUGCCUGUUAUCUGUAUCACACACAACAAAUGUUUUCUGGAGCUGAUUUAAAACACGUUUUUAGCAUGCAUUCCUCCACACGGGCUCACGAAAAGGCCGACCGUCUGGCAUGUAGACUUCUUCGUGCAUAACUGACAGCAGGCAAUAUUUUAUUUCAGGAGGAAAGACGGUAGUGAGAAAAACAUGUUUGCCGAGUUCCCAUCACCAUAGCUUGUCUGUGUGCAGUGGUAUGACAUUUGCACUAUUAGCUUUUUAAACAAUGAAUGUUAUUGUGUGCACCUGAGAUGAACAAAGUUGAUUGACAGUUAAUAAACUGGUUGCGGCAUGCAUGCUAAGAAGCAAAGCUGUCUCGCCUGAAUAUAAGAACAAUUCUUGAAAGCUGUUCUAAUCCAUAGAAAUAAUAGUCGACUAAUAGUUUUAGGUGUCGACAAAACAAAUACACUUUUAAACUGUGAGUGACUGCAACAAUGAAAAUUUAAAAUGUAUAUUUAUGAAUUUUGUGAUAUCAAAAGAUCACACUGAAGAAAAUAAUUGGACAAAAUACUCAAAUGACUCAUUAUUCAGCUAACUAUGGGAGACCUUUUUUUCUUGUUUGCUUGUUUUUGAAUGUCAAACAUUAUUCAAGUACAAUUUUUUCCAGAAUGGACAUUUCAUAUUGUUGUUACUUUUCUACAGUUUCGUAAAAAGUGUUCUUUGCAAGUGCUUUGUUGUGUAUCAUCAUGUAUUCAUUGUAGCUUCUGGCAUUUUUGCUAAAUGUUAAAACGGUUCAGUCGAGAAUCUGCUCAUUUGUUGCCACACUUAACAGCUUAACAUGUAAUAAAAAAAACUGAAGCAUGA